GAGGAGGGAGAAAAAUCCCGGGGCUUUGGGCCUCCCUUACUCGCUCUGUUCUUCUGCAAGCUUUGCAGCCGCGAGUACCGCUCUCCCUUCCGUCUCCGCGCAGCGCCCUGCCGAUGUCCCUGUGCUUGAGCCUGGAGCGGGGCUUGCCAUACGAGUCAGCCACAUCGCUUGUAUAUACCCCAUCCCUGCUCUGACCGUAUACAAGAGGCACUGUGACAGCAUUUGCUCCUUUUGAUGCCAGAGCUGAUGCAGAAGCCCUUCGCAAGGCUAUGAAGGGAAUGGGGACUGAUGAAGAGACUAUUCUGAAGAUCCUUACCAGCAGAAGUAAUGCUCAACGUCAAGAAAUUGCAUCUUCUUUUAAAACAUUAUUUGGCAGGGAUCUUGUGGAUGACCUGAAAUCAGAACUUACAGGCAAGUUUGAAACAUUGAUGGUAUCUUUGAUGAGACCAGCACAUAUUUUUGAUGCUCAUGCACUGAAGCACGCAAUCAAGGGAGCAGGAACCAAUGAGAAAGUGCUGACUGAAAUUCUUGCCUCCAGAACACCUGCUGAAGUGCAGAAUAUUAAACAGGUGUAUAUGCAAGAGUAUGAGGCCAACUUGGAGGAUAAGAUCACAGGAGAGACAUCAGGCCAUUUCCAGAGACUGUUGGUGGUCCUGCUGCAGGCAAACAGAGAUCCUGAUGGCAGAGUUGAUGAUGCUCUCGUUGAGAAGGAUGCUCAGGUUUUGUUUAGAGCUGGGGAGCUGAAAUGGGGAACAGACGAAGAAACAUUCAUCACCAUUUUGGGAACUCGAAGCGUUUCUCACUUAAGGAGGGUGUUUGACAAAUACAUGACUAUUUCUGGCUUUCAAAUUGAAGAAACCAUUGACCGUGAAACCUCUGGUGAUUUGGAGAAGCUGCUUUUGGCAGUUGUGAAAUGCAUCCGAAGCGUGCCUGCCUAUUUUGCUGAAACUUUGUAUUAUUCCAUGAAAGGGGCUGGCACUGAUGAUGAGACCCUGAUCAGAGUGAUGGUUUCAAGAAGUGAAAUCGAUCUGUUGGAUAUUAGACAUGAAUUCAGAAAGAAUUUUGCAAAAUCGCUGUAUCAGAUGAUUCAGAAAGAUACGUCUGGGGACUACAGGAAGGCACUCCUGCUCCUCUGUGGUGGAGAUGAUGAAUAAUGGUGGCAGCGACAUGAAGGAUUUCUUGUACUCCAGCUUUGCAGCCCUUUAGUUAGCAUCCCUAGCUAAGAUUUUGCAUCUUAAUGCUUUAUGGCUGUUUGAAUUUAUAUUCAUAUCGCACUUAUUAAAACCAAACAUAUUACUACCCGGCUGAUAAUCAGUCCCUUCUCCUCAGACAUCCCAACCUCUGGGAAUUUCAAGUGCCUUCUGGGUGUAUGCAAAAGUCGUCUUCAUGGAAGAUGAGAACUGAACACAGAAUGCGGUUUAUUUGCAAUUGUUUUGCUGAAAUAUGGAGGGGGAAAAAAAUAAUCAUGUAUUUCCACUAAUAAUUUAAAGACUUUUUUGGCUUUUAUUCCUUACAUUUCCACUAAAUCUUAAACUAGUUCUAACAAUGCAAAUGAAGAUGUCCUUUGUAUGUAAUAUUUGAAUGAAUUUGUAGAACAUAUUACAAGCAGUCAUUGGAAAUCUAAAGAACCAAUAAACUUUUUCCCUCUUGGCA